CACGGAAAGCGUACUUUUGUAACACUAAGACUGUCAUUCAUGUGAGAAAAUCGAUCACUAUUUCCAUGAGUAUUGCUGUUUGAAUUUGCCAUCACACUAUGUAACGGUAACUAGAGAAUUGGUGUUCUUUUCAAAGCGCGGAAGAGGCCUGCCUUGUUGUUUUGGGUAAAACAUUUACGCAAGUUAAGUCACUUUUAGUUUUCGCAGAGACAAUAACAAUGCCAGCUAAAAAGAAAGGUGGCAAGAAAGGAAAAGGUAAAGGAAAAAAGAAAAAGAAGAUAAAAGGUUUAUUGGAAAGUCCAGAUGAACUCGUUAAGAGGCUGAUGAAAGUGUACACAACUGUGUGCCAAGACAAGCUGACUGCAAUAUGUCCGGGAAUUAGAAAAUUCCUCAAAGAAUGUUUGGAUGAUAAUAAACUGUGUGUCAAGUUCAUAUUGGAACCCAUUCCAGAUUAUGAUGACUCUGAGUUGAGUAAUGUUCAGCUUGAACCACUGAUACAGGCUUUAAGGAAUGAGAGAUAUAAAUAUGUUAAAGAAAUCUAUGUUUGGGAUAUAGUGCUACAACAUACAGAUGUAGCCAGUUUGGUGAGUAUAAAGUUUGGAUAUAAAUGUAUUUUGCUUUUCUACAGGUCUUGUAAUUUGUUCAGCACACUUACUGUACUAUGCUUUGACUACAAUGAGUUUGGAGAUGAAGGUGUUUAUGGCAUUGCUAAAGGACUUAAAAAUAACAGAACACUGUUAAGUUUGAGUCUUUGUUAUUGUGACUUGGGCAUCACCAGUGGUAAACUACUGGGAGAUACUGUGGCGACAACUGCACUCAGGGAGCUUUACUUGAAUGGUAAUAAUUUAGAAUCAGAAGGUGCUGUUGAAUUAAUAAAACUAGUGACUGAUAAUGCGAAAGUGGAACACUACGAACGUGAAGAAGCGGCAAGACUGAAGUCAGAGGAGGCAGCCCAGGUUGCAUUAGAUGAGAAAGCCAAAUUAAUGACGUUGGUGAAUUCUGGUUCUGAUAAAAUAAGUGAAAGUGGUGGUGAAAAAGAAGACGAGACCAAAAGUGAAAAAUCGGGCUCAGCAAAAAGUCGCAAGGGAGGCCUGACUGGCAAGAAAAAAAAGAAGAAAGGUAAAAAGAAGAAAAAGAAAAAGGAACCCCCUCCUCCACCUGCAGUCGGUCCUUGGCUUCAUAAGCUGCACUUAGCAGACAAUGGCAUUGAUGCCUAUAGUAAAGGCAGUACCUUUGCACCUGUUAUAUGUAUGAAUUUAUUUAAAGAGUUAAUAAUGCACUCAGACUGUCUGAAAGAACUUGAUCUUGAUGAUAAUUUAAUUGGUGAUUUGGGUGGGAAAGAGAUUCUGGAAGGUCUGCAACAACGGAAAGAAUUCGGCUUGAAUUCCAUGAAGGUUAGCGUAACCCACAGAAUGAUGCUGCCUGACACAUUCAGCUCAAUUAUUAAGCUUGGUGCUGGCCUCAAAAAGAAGAAGAAAAAGAAAGGAAAAGGAAAAAAGAAGAAAAAAUGAAGAAUGUUUGACAACAUGACAAAAUGAAGUACCCUGGUAGUUUGUAAUCGUAAAAUUCUGCCAACCAUUAGACCUGAAAAAGACCUGAUUGUAUAAUUGUAUUAUCAGUUUAAUUCCUGCUUAAACUUAAAACAUUGUAUUUUCAAAGUACAAAAGUUUGAAAACAGGGACUUACAAUCUCACCUCCAUGUGCCCAUUUGUCCACCGAUCAGUCCACACAUGUAUCUUAGACAGGCCUGGGUGAUUUCAUUCAAACUCCAAACACACACACACAUUACACAUCAUAUCAUACAUAUGCACAUGCAUUCAUGUUUCCAUGAUGCAAUUCAAGAUGGCAAAAUGGCGUCCAUUUUAGUGCUAAAAAUUCAUCAAAAUUCAAGCAUUUCUGCCAUUCCGGAACCGGAUCUCAAUCAUACAUCUUUCAUCAUUUACACCUUACACCAUGUGCAUUUAGAUUAAAAAUGGCCAACUUGCAGCCAUUUUGUUUUAACAAAUGCAUUUCCAGAUCAUAUCUCUGACAUUGAAGUUUUGAAAAAUCACAUUCAAUCUUCACACACACAUUCAAAAUGGCCAAAUGGUGGCCAUUUUAGUGCUGAAAAAAUCAAGCAUUUCUGGAUCUUAGUCAUGUUAUGGACAUAUUCCAGUCAAACUUGGUAUGUCCAUAAAACAUAAUUGAGGGUCCUUGAUACACAUCAUUUUUUUCCAAGAUUAACUGACUGACAUUUUGUUUUUAACGAAUACUGUUUUUGAAGCCAUAUUGCUAUUGCAACACAUUUACACAAGCAUGUUUCAGAUUCUGAUUCAAGAUGGCUGAUCAUCAUUUUUGUGCUAUGCAUUUGUGCAAUGCAUUAUGUCAUGGG